GGAACCUCACCCUCCCCAGCUUCCUUCUCAUCUCUCUGAAAUAACAUAUAUAAAUACCCCCAAAUUUCUCUCUAUAAUGCAUGAAAUCAACCCACACCAUUUCUCCUAACUCUCUCUCUCUCUCUCUCUCUCUCUCUCAUGAACUGUUGGAAAGAGACGAAAUUACAACAGAGUAAGAGAGCGAAACAACUUCCAAAUCGCUCUCUACUUAACAAAACCAUUUAACCCUUCAACAAAAUCCUAAACAAAAUCAGUUUCUGUAUUCGUAGCACAACUGUUUUUACGAAGAUGGAAGUAGAUAAAAUGCAAGGUUCGGGAAGGCGGAGCAGAAGCCGAAGCAUAAGCAGGAGCCGGAGCAAGGCAGCUUGGAGCAUAGAAGAUGUGUUUGGCAGUGCAAACCAUACAAGAAGAGCAAGUAGUCGAGCCGACGAAGACGAAGAAGCUCUGAGAUGGGCUGCUCUUGAGAAAUUGCCCACUUAUGCUAGGUUAAGAACAAGUAUCAUCCAAUCUAUUACAGAGAGUGAAGGAGGAGAACAUGGUAAUGAUAAGGUGGUCCACAAGGAAGUUGAUGUGAGAAAACUUGAUGUGAAUGAUAGACAACAAUUCAUUGAUAGGCUGUUUAGAGUUGCUGAGGAAGAUAAUGAAAAGUUCUUGAGAAAGUUUAGAAAUCGAAUCGAGAAGGUAGGGAUCAACCUUCCAACAGUAGAAGUUCGGUUUGAGCACUUAAACAUCGAAGCCGAUUGCUACAUUGGGAACCGAGCUCUUCCAACCCUUGCAAAUGCAACCCGAAACAUGGUCGAGUCGGCUUUGAGUUGUGUUGGGAUCCAAUUGGCCAAGGCUACAAAACUCACUAUUCUUAAAGAUGCCUCUGGGAUGAUAAAACCAUCAAGGAUGACACUUCUAUUAGGCCCACCUUCUUCUGGGAAAACAACCCUACUGUUGGCACUGGCUGCAAAGUUGGAUCCAAGCUUAAAGGUAAAAGGAGAAGUCACUUAUAAUGGGCACAAACUUAAAGAAUUUAUACCACAGAAGACAUCGGCAUACAUUAGCCAAAAUGAUGUUCAUGUGGGUGAAAUGACCGUCAAAGAAACCCUAGAUUUCUCUGCAAGGUGCCAAGGAGUUGGGACUCGAUAUGAUCUCCUAUCUGAGCUUGCAAGAAGGGAAAAAGAUGCUGGCAUUUUUCCGGAGGCCGAGGUCGAUCUUUUCAUGAAGGCAACGGCAAUGCAAGGAGUUGAAAGCAGCCUCAUUACCGAUUACACCCUUAGGAUUCUUGGACUGGAUGUGUGCCGAGACACUAUUGUUGGGGAUGAAAUGAUGAGAGGAAUAUCAGGAGGACAGAAAAAGAGAGUAACAACAGGAGAGAUGAUUGUUGGGCCUACUAAGACACUAUUUAUGGAUGAGAUAUCAACGGGCCUAGACAGCUCCACAACAUUUCAGAUUGUGAAGUGUUUGCAGCAGAUUGUGCACCUCACCGAGGCUACGGUCCUGAUGUCCCUACUCCAGCCCGCUCCUGAGACGUUUGAUCUGUUCGAUGAUAUCAUACUCUUAUCGGAGGGUCAAAUUGUCUAUCAAGGCCCACGAGAAAACGUGGUUGAGUUCUUUGAGAGUUGUGGAUUCAAAUGCCCGGAGAGAAAAGGAACCGCUGAUUUCUUACAAGAGGUUACCUCAAGGAAGGACCAAGAGCAGUAUUGGGCCGACAAAACCAGACCAUACACAUUCAUCUCAGUCACUGAGUUUGCCAACCGAUUCAAACGAUUUCAUGUGGGCCUGAGGCUCGCAAAUGAGCUCUCAGUCCCAUACAACAAGGCCCAAACCCACCAAGCCGCUCUCGUCUACAAGAAAUACACAGUCCCAAAGAGAGAACUUCUCAAGGCAUCAUUUGACAAAGAAUGGCUGUUGAUCAAGAGAAACUCUUUCUUCUACGUCUUCAAGACCGUCCAGAUCAUCAUCGUGGCGAUCAUCGCAUCAACGGUGUUUCUACGGACAAAAAUGCACACGAGGAAUGAAGAAGAUGGGCUUGUCUAUGUUGGUGCACUUUUGUUCACCAUGAUCAUCAACAUGUUCAAUGGUUUCGCUGAAAUAGCUCUCACUAUACAAAGAUUACCAGUGUUUUACAAGCAACGAGACCUUCUCUUCCACCCACCUUGGGUUUUCACUCUCCCAACUUUCCUACUCCGAGUACCAAUAUCAGUGGUUGAGUCCAUUGUUUGGACAGUCCUGUCAUAUUACACCAUUGGAUUUGCCCCUGAAGCUAGCAGGUUCUUCAAGCAACUGUUGGUGGUCUUUUUAAUCCAACAAAUGGCUGCUGGGAUUUUCAGGCUCAUUGCCGGAGCCUGUAGGACCAUGAUCAUCGCCAGUACCGGUGGAGCUCUAACUCUCCUCCUUGUGUUCCUGCUUGGUGGUUUCAUCCUUCCCAAACAUCAAAUUCCGUCAUGGUGGAGCUGGGGUUAUUGGGUAUCACCAUUGACCUAUAGUUUCAAUAGUCUGGCUGUAAAUGAGAUGUUUGCUCCAAGGUGGAUGAACCAACGGGCUUCAAACAGUACGAUCGCAUUAGGUGUGGCGGUGCUAAAUAACUUCGAUGUCUCUCCAGAGAGAAGGUGGUUUUGGAUUGGAGCAGCAGCACUUUUGGGGUUUGCUGUUCUCUUCAAUAUUCUCUUCACUCUUGCUCUUAUGUACUUAAGUCCUCCUGGAAAGCCACAAGCUAUAAUCUCCAAAGAAACAGCUGGGGAAAUGGAAGCUGACCAGGAAGAAACUAAAGAAGCGCCGAGACUUAGAACAAACAGAUCAAAGAUAGAUUCAGUCCCUCGAUCUUUAUCUGCUGCUGACGGGAACAAUUCAAGAGAAAUGGCAAUCCGGAGAAUGAGCAGUCGAUCCAAUGCCAAUGGACUAAGCAGAAAUGAAGAUUCAAGUCUUGAUGCUGCACGUGGAGUUGCUCCCAAGAGAGGAAUGGUUCUUCCCUUCACUCCCCUCGCCAUGUCCUUUGACAGCGUAAAGUACUUUGUGGAUAUGCCACCAGAGAUGAAGGAACAAGGAGUAACCGAAGACAGGCUCCAAUUACUUCGCGAAGUAACCGGUGCAUUUAGGCCCGGUGUCUUGACUGCCCUGAUGGGAGUCAGUGGGGCUGGAAAAACUACACUCAUGGAUGUUCUAGCGGGAAGGAAAACAGGUGGUUACAUCGAAGGUGAUAUCAGAAUUUCUGGAUUCCCCAAGAUUCAAGAAACAUUCGCUAGAAUUUCUGGAUACUGUGAGCAAACCGACAUCCACUCACCACAAGUCACCAUUCGUGAAUCUUUGAUUUACUCAGCUUUUCUUCGACUCCCUAAGGAAGUCAGCAAGGAGGAAAAGAUGGUUUUUGUGGAUGAAGUGAUGGAUCUAGUUGAACUAGACAACCUCAAAGAUGCCAUUGUAGGGCUUCCAGGAGUUACAGGUCUAUCAACAGAACAGAGAAAGAGAUUGACAAUAGCGGUGGAGCUAGUUGCUAAUCCAUCAAUCAUAUUCAUGGAUGAACCAACUUCUGGUCUUGAUGCAAGAGCAGCAGCUAUUGUUAUGAGAACUGUGAGAAACACAGUGGAUACAGGGCGAACUGUUGUUUGCACAAUCCAUCAACCUAGUAUUGAUAUCUUUGAAGCAUUUGAUGAGCUGCUACUGAUGAAAAGGGGAGGACAAGUGAUCUACUCAGGACCACUGGGACGGAAUUCUCAUAAGAUCAUUGAAUAUUUUGAGGCAAUUCCUGGAAUUCCCAAAAUUAAAGAAAAAUACAAUCCAGCAACAUGGAUGCUAGAAGCGAGCUCAGUUGCUGCAGAAGUCCGGCUUGGAAUUGAUUUUGCCGAACACUACAAAUCAUCAUCCUUGCAUCAACGAAACAAGGCUCUAGUGAAAGAGUUGAGUGUACCUCCACCAGGGGCAAAAGACCUCUAUUUCACAUCACAAUUUUCUCAGCACAAUUUGGGGCAAUUCCAAUCCUGCCUAUGGAAGCAGUGGUUGACUUAUUGGAGAAGCCCCGAUUACAACAUUGUGAGGAUGUUCUUCACCUUAGCUGCUGCCCUUAUGGUUGGAACAGUUUUCUGGCAGGUUGGCAAAAAAAGGGAUAACACGGGUGAUUUGACCACGAUCAUAGGGGCAAUGUAUUCUUCUGUCCUGUUUGUUGGAAUUAAUAACUGCGGGACAGUACAACCAGUAGUAGCUAUUGAAAGAACCGUAUUUUAUAGAGAAAAAGCUGCUGGGAUGUAUUCUGCAUUACCAUAUGCCUUGGCACAGGUAAUCACUGAAUUACCAUACGUGCUUGUUCAAACCAUCCUUUUUAGUCCUAUAGUGUAUUCUAUGGUGGGCUUCGAAUGGGCAGUGCAUAAAUUCUUUUGGUUCUUCUUCGUCACCUAUGCCUCUUUUCUCUACUUCACAUACUAUGGAAUGAUGACUGUUUCCAUCACACCAAACCACCAAGUAGCAUCUGUUUUGGCAGCCGCUUUCUAUGCACUCUUCAAUCUUUUCUCGGGUUUCUUCAUCCCUAGACCGAGAAUUCCGAAGUGGUGGAUAUGGUAUUAUUGGAUUUGCCCGGUAGCAUGGACAGUUUACGGGUUGAUCGUGUCACAGUAUGGUGAUGUGAUGGACCCCAUUGCAGUUCCCGGGAUGCAAAAUUCCACUACUGUCCAAUGGUACGUGAAAAAUCAUUUUGGGUAUGAACCAAACUUCAUUGGACCAGUUGCUGGAGUUUUGGCUGGUUUUGCAGUGUUCUUUGCCUUCAUGUAUGCCUACUGUAUUAAAACUUUGAACUUCCAAAUGAGGUAGAAGAUACUAUUGAGUCAAAUUGCCACCUGUAGAUAUGUAUUUGGAUUCAUCCAAGAUUUGAAACUUGCAGCAAAUUGGAUGAUAUGAGAAUUCAUAUUUUAGGAUAAAAUAUGUUGUUUAGCAAGUUGUAUACUUACCACCUAGUAAAUAUCAGGGAUAUAUUGAUAAGUUUUGAGGAUCAUAUAUAUGUAUAGUCAUUGGAUCCUAAUGAUGUAAGGGAAGAAAUUGCUUUCUUUGUGGACCAUUAAAAAAUUAUUAGUUCAGCCAACUUCAAGCUACAUCAUCAAAUGGUUUUCGUUUC